AUGGCCGUAGCGCACGUCCUCGACAACUACUACCUGGGCAUAACGGCCAUUGUCACCGUCGCCUACCAGCUCUUCUUCUUUACCAUCGCAUACUCUUUCAAAUUCGACAAACUCACCGACCUCGCAGGCGGCUCCAACUUUGCCAUCCUCGCCAUCCUCACCCUCUCACUCUCCGGCCAUCAACACGCCCGCCAAGUGGUAGCAUCUCUGUUUCUCAUCCUCUGGGCGGUCCGUCUCUCAUCCUUCCUCUUCUUCCGCAUCCUGCGCACCGGCUCAGAUGACCGCUUCGACGACAAGCGCGACAAAUUCUUCCCCUUUCUCGGCUUCUGGAUCUUUCAAAUGAUUUGGGUGUGGACCGUGUCACUCCCCGUCACCAUCUUGAAUUCGCCCAAUGUGACGCAGUACCCACAGCAUUCUUUCGGCACCGGGCGUGAUAUCGCCGGUGUUGUAUUAUUCGCAAUAGGCUUUGUAAUGGAAAGUCUGAGUGACGUGCAAAAAUACAACUUCCGCAAAUCACACGAUGGCUACGCUGUCUGUGAUGUGGGCUUCUUCAAAGUGUCGAGGCAUCCCAAUUAUUUCGGCGAAAUAAUCAUUCAGUUCUCCAUAUACAUGAUUGCCGUUUCAUCAGCAGCGGAUGGGUACGUCUCAGGCCAGGCCUACAAGGCGCUGUACGCGACAAUCCUGGGGCCAAUUCUCCUCACGGUACUGCUCAUGUUCGUUUCUGGCUUGCCCCUCUCUGAGCGACCAAAAGCCAAAGCACGCUAUGAAAAGGGCAAUAAUUGGGAGGGAUACAAGCGGUGGCUGGACCGGACGAGUAUCCUGAUCCCCUUUCCCCCACAGCUAUAUGAGAAAAUGCCCACGUUUCUGAAGCGAACCGUUUUCCUCGAGUUUCCCAUGUACGUAUUUUAUCCGCCGCCAGCAGAUGUCGGAGUCUCUGAGCGAGAUGAAUGA